GUUAUAAUGACAUCCGUGAAGGAUAUGUUAGAGCGAUGAAGAAAGAUAAAAAAAAUGUGGGUUAUGAUUUUUAUCUGAAUGAGUAUGAUUUUUUUAAUUCUGAAUGAUAAAGUCGCUUGGUAGAACUUUAUUUCACAAUGUUGUUGGCUGCCGUAGAUUUUAUGUUCUGACGAAGUUGUGAAAUUAAUAUGAAUGUUUUGAGCGCUGGUCGAGUCCAAGAUUUUACAAACCUUCGAAAACCGUCAGAAAGUGACGACACGUCGAAAGUGCAACAUGUCAGAAAAAUUUCUGCAAGCAAAUUAUUUAGCAUUCAGUAUGAGAACAGGGAUCAGAAAAAGCUAAGACGUACACAUAGUCAGCCGACCAUCCCCAACACAGAACAAACCGAGUUGGACACCUAUUACACACCGUCGCAAUGUCGGCGAUACAAUUCCUCGACUUUAACGAGCAUGUCGUCGUCGAAUAUGAAUCAGCGUCACAAUAAGAAACGGUUACAGUAUAACAGCCAGCCACGUUCAUCGUCGGCGCAAAAUUUGAAAGCUGUAUUUUCUGAGAAAUUAAAAUCUAAAAACGAAUCAAAAACAGGAACCUACGAAAACUUGUAUGAACUUAUACAGGCAAAAUUAAAACGCUACAAUCAACAGCAGAAGGUUUAUUCAGAGAAUAAUUUAUCAGAAGGUUGCUAUGAGUUACGCAAGCAAGCCGAUAAUGAUACGCUUCAAGAGGACUGGGAGCAAAGUUUACGAGAUCUAGAGAAAGCUGGUCAACUUGAUGGAAGUUUAUUGGAAGCAAUUUAUCUUCUAAGGAACGCCCAUCGUCGAGGGUUCCUUCAAAAUAAAGAUAAAAAUAUAAAGGAGAAUGAUAGUCACUUGGGAAACGACAGCACCAGUGAAGAUGGAGUAUCUCAAAGUCAGAGUUCAUUUGAUAGUAUAACUUUGCCAUCUAAUAUUGCAUAUUCAUCAACAGAUAGUACACCAGUAAACACGUCUUCUGCAUCAUCAGGACGGAGUACGCCUUGUGUAAAAAAACGUCCAAAACGACCAGAAAUAAAAAUAUCAGAUCAUCGCCAUUAUAAAGAUUAUUUAGAAAUUCGUCGAACGGAGAGUCUUUCAUCCCUAAAUAGUGACAUCGAUGGUAGCAUAACAAGCGAUGGUAGUUUUCUCCACAUACCUGAAGAUGUAAUUGCACAAGCUGUUUUAUCAGAUUUAAACUGUUCACCUGGGUACGAUAGUCCUUUACAUGAAUUCGAAGAAACACUAAGAGAGUCAACUAAAACACCCCCAAAUGGAAUUGAAAUUAGAUCUUCUGAUAUACAAAAGCUUUGUGAUAGAAGACCUGAUUCACCUACAAGUCAGUUCCUUCAACCUAUUCUAUCAACAAAUUCUGAGAACAUUAUAAAUGAACUUCACAUGAAGAUAUCUCCUUUGCUGCAUAAGUUGAAACAGGUAGAAGAAGAUUCAAAGAGGAUGUCGUCUUUGCAUGUAAAACUUGCUGUUCUCCAGGAAGAAAAACGUCAAUUGGCUGCCAUGUUGGAACAAAAGCGUCACACAAAUGAAUGUUUAAUUUCAGAACAAAAAAUUAAUUCAACACAAAUAAGCGAUGAGAUAUGUAAUGCAGAAGAGAUAAUAGUGGUUCAAUCUGCUCCACCUGAUAACAAUAUUUAUAAAUCUUAUGAAGCUGGAGAAACUUGCUCCAAUAAAAAGAUGAAAGACGCGAGUGUGCAGAAGCAUCUGGAAAUUUUCACCGAAAUAGUUCAUCAAGGAACAUCAACAAAUGUCAUGAAGCAAAGAUCCAUAGGUGUUGGUGAUGGAAUUGCUCAUUUAAAGCAUGUUGAAUGCGCCACACAAGAUGCAGUAAAAAGCAGUGAAUUUUCAUGUCAGUACGAUAUACAGUAUCCUCGCAGAGACUGCUCCACUGAAACUUAUACACCAAGAUAUCUUGAUGCUGCAACUGGAGAUAGUAUUGCUGAUGUGGUUUCAAUGACUGCAUUUACACAGUUUUCACCAACUCAAGUUUCCAGUUCCACUCAAUCUAUGCAGCCGGACAUGUUUUCACAAGAGGUAAUGGUUGGGAUUGCAUAUAAAGAUGUUGUAGACACUGGUGUAGGUGAUAACAUGGUGGAAGUGAAAUGUUCAGACCAAGAAACACAAAUUACUGUAAAGGAAACAUUAGAAAAAGAUACACAAGUGUUGCUAGAAUACUCUGAUGAAUCAACUUCGGCUGGUUGUUCAUUGUCUCGUAUGAAAUCACGCACAGUUCAAUGUGCUCCAAUUUAUUGCGAUUUUGCAUGUGGGGAGAAUAAUGCAGAGUGUAUAACUUCUGACAAAUCAAUAAAUAAUGUUCCUAUUGUUCAAGACGUUUCAACAGAUACUGAACCUAUUACAACUGCUGACAUUGGUACUUCGUGCUACAUUGUAAACGAAACUAUAUCAAUUGGAGUUGGUGAUAAGAGCAUAUAUGACGUACUUUGUGAUAAAUGUGUAAACAAACAAGUUCGUUCUGUUGGAGUUGGUUUAUAUGAAAACAACGAGCCAUGUUGUGUCUCUGACAAACUUUGUAACUGUAUCAAACCACAAUGUAAUUCCAUAGGUGUAGGUGAACAUUCUAUUUUAGAUGUCUGUUGUGAUAAAUGUGAGAAUUUAAAGCAGGUAUCAGUUGGUGUGAGUGACCAUAAGAUCGAUGAUCUUUUGUGUGACAAAUGUAUGCACCUAAAAAUAGUGGAUGUUGCCAGUGGUGAUUCUAGAGUAGAUGAUUUACUUUGUGACACAUGCACAAACAAAGGUGACUUGCUUGACAAAAGCGUUGGAGAUUUUUUGAUAAAUAAUGCUGUUUCAGUUGGCUGUGGUGAUGAAGACGUUAACGAUGCGUCAUGCGAAAACUGUAAAGAGUCAAAGAAUGAAACCAUGUUUAACUUUGAUUUAAAUAUUUUAAACCAAAAGCCGCAAGUGCAACAACAAGCAGUUUUGUGUCAUUAUUGUGGAAACAAAGUGGACUUGAAUGAUUCAAACUUAGAGGAAAGUUUACAAGCAAUGAGAGAAAGCAUGCAAAGCGUCUCUUGUGGUAUGAAGCGUUCCACAGCAUCCAAAAAUUUACACUUUGAUCUUGAUACUGAGGAUUCUGGAAUAUACUCGCACAAAGAUAGUAGCUUGGAUAGCCCGAUAAGUGAUGAAUAUCAUGCUGUUGUCUCAGAUGAUGAUGAAGAUACAAGUGGAAGUGGCCGUAAUGAUGUCAUUGAAGCUUGUCAGAUGUUACAUCAGCAUUUCAGUGGUGAGAAACCUUUGAAGCAACAACAAAUGUUGAAAUACAUGGGUAUCAUCCAGACAUUAUGGUUCAAAACAGUAAAAAGACGAAGAGCAAAUGCUUCAGUGGUGAAAAGUUACAUUGAUCUGUUUCAUCAAAGAAUUCCUGAGCUGAUGGAAACCAUCAUUAAUCUUACUGAUGAUGAGGGCAAUACUGCUCUUCACUACGCGUUGACGUACAAAAAUUAUGCUGUGGUCAGCAUAUUAUUGGAUUCUGGUGAAUGCGCAGUUGAUCUUGUGAAUCAGGCUGGCUAUUCGCCCAUUAUGCUUGCUGCGUUAGCUGGUUUUGAGAAAAAGAACGAUAAAUACGUCAUGCAGCGGCUACUUCGUAUGGGUGACAUCAACAAAGAAUCUGCUGACACUGGACAAACACCUCUUAUGUUGGCUGUUUCCAGAGGUAAUCUUGGUACAGUCGAUCUUUUGUUAGAUGCUGGUUGUGAUGUCAAUGCUAUCGAUGACGAAGGUUCUACUGCAUUGAUGUGCUCGUGUGAACACGGAAACAUAAACAUUGUAAAAGCGUUGUUGGCGCAUCCUGGUUGUGAUGCAACUAUAGAAGACAAUGAGGGUAGUACAGCGUUAAGCAUAGCUAUGGACGCACGCCGAAAAGAUUUGGCCCUACUGAUUUAUGGAAGUCUUAAUUUCGAUGCUCGUGGAAGAAUUAAGUUGAGUCCAUCGAAACAAUCAUUAUUGGGAUUGGGUCGAAGAUCCCCAUCUCCUGUGAUUGGUAGAAGAUAAUCCAGUAACAAAUUUCAAGGACAGAAAAAAAAUUCGAAGGAUUGGAUAGAAUUGAAACUUCUUUUGAACAAAACAACAAUCUUUGAUGAUUAUGAUGACCGGAAAACCCAUUUUGGAGGCGACAGAUGAAAAAAAGGAGAUGCUGACAAUUGCAUUUCUAUGUAAACAAACAGUGACGCUUGUAUUUAGAUUUUCAACAUUAGAUUUUUGUAUUAUGAUUUAUAUCGUAACGUUUCAAAAUUCAAAAUUCUGAUUUAUAAAAAUAGCUGUACUAUUGCUAAAAGCGUUUGACAAUGUCAGUAGUAUUCGUCCUUUAGUGAAGCAGUUUGUAAAAAAUGGAGAGAUAGCAUAAUACCCUACUGUCUUACAUCUAUUGUUGCAGACAGAUACUUUCGCAGCCAAAAUAUGCGGUGACGAAAAAAAAACAACCUUGUCCCCAGGGUCUUGUAGCCCUGAGCCGUUAUUAGGGGAUCAACUUCAUCAACAAGGCAAAAUGCCCUGGGAACGAGGUUGGAAACCCCCGCAAAAUACACGUUUUCUGAAUAACGUGUUCUUAUAAUUUUAUAAAUAAAUGUUUCGACUUAAAGGUCAUAUUCCGAAGAUUUCACAUUUUAUAAAGUUUCAGGUGAGAAUUUCAAAAAACACUUUGUUGAAAAAACUCGAGAAAUAGCAGUGGUACGUUAAAGAAAACUAAUUCGGGAAAGGUGUAUUUUGCGAUUUUUAGGACAUAAACUUAGAGGUCAUAUUUUGCCCAUAUUUCGUGGAAUAUUCCUUUGCGAACGAACAUAUUUCUUUAUUUUCACGUUAAAAAAACAUUCCCUAUUAUAUAAAUCUAGAAAAUAAGACCCAACGCCAUUCUGUGACUUAGAAUAGGUUGCGUUCCCAUAGCAUUCAGGAGAGAGAAGGCCGCAGGUAUUCAAUGAACUUCGUAAGAUUGAUUUUUUAUUUUAGAUUUAUUUAGAUUUUUUAUUUUUUUAUUUAGAAUGUUCCCAAACAUAAACUUUCACGAAAACAGUCCAAAAUCGCGAAAUUUUCUGCCCGUUAAAUUACUUCUUUGUGUAGGAAUAAAUUUUUAAAAGUUCUGUUAUUAGUCGGAAUUUAUCAGUAUGUCCACCAGCGGACAUGAUAUUUAAAAUAAAAACUUGCCAAAUGUAUUUUUGUACUGUCGCGUUUAAUAAAAUACUACAGCGUAA